AUGACUUCAUUCAUGGUGGAUAACGACUUACAUGAUCUAGGUUUCCUGGGACUCAGAUAUACGUGGUCCAAAAAUAAGAAUGGUAGCAGCAAAAUAUGGGUGAGGCUUGAUAGGGUGUUAAUGAAUUCGGAAGGAUUAAGGUUGGCCCCGCUGGUUACCGUUAAGCAUCUCAUCCGAAUUGCCUCUGGUCAUUGCCCGUUACUGCUUAACUUUACUCCCAUUACUCAUAACUCCAGAAGUUGGCUGAGGAUGCUUAAGGUGUUGUUCUUUUGGAGCCGUAAUAGCUUAAAGGACCUGGGGGAGUUAAAGCUAUCAUUGGAGGGACGAAUUGAAGAACUUCAAUUGCAGGAGAGCACGGAGGAUGGCUUGUCUGAAGACCAUCAACUGGAGCUCCGGAGGGAAACUGGUGAGUUGAAUGCCACUUUGGCACGUCUAGCUACCUGGUGGAGGCAGAGAGCAAAGACUAAAUGGAUUGAAGAAGGAGACUCCAACUCUCACUUCUUCCAUUCGAAUGCUUCGGCUCGUAGGAGGGGCAACAGAAUUGUGGAAAUCCAGAAUUCAAAUGGGGAUAAGAUUUUUGAUCAAAAGCUCAUUUAG